CAGGCGCGCUCCUUCUUCGGCGGGUUGCACGCUGGCCGGGCGUUCAGUCGGUCAGGCGGCGGCCGCGGAAUCAUGACGCGGUUUCUUCUCUUCUUGCUGCUGAAUUGGGAGGCCGGCCUCUCCUCUUCCUCCUGCCCUCUCGAGAGCUUCCAGUGCCAAGGGGGAGGCCAGGUGCCGCAGUGCCUAGGCUACGAGAGGCAGCCCAGCUGCCAAGAUGACACGAACAGGUGCCAGCAGCCGGGAAGCCUCUGCAGGAACCACACCUGUCGGUGCGGUAACAGCGGUGGGCCCUGCCUCCCAUUUGAACGGUUUUGCGACCAGCACCUGGAUUGUCCAGAUGGUUCAGACGAGGCCAAGUCCCUUUGUGCGUCCCCGGCGGGCCUGCGCGAGGAGGAGGAGGACGACUGCGAGAGCACCGAGUUCCGAUGCCACCCGGGGGCCGAGUGCUUCCCCCUGUCCUUCAAGUGCGACGGCCACCCGGACUGUGAAGACGGAGCCGACGAAGAGAGCUGCGGCACGGAUUGGCCAGAGACUCCAAGGACCCCACAAAUAACCCCCCAAGGCAGCCCUGUUCCCCCAGAAACCCCUUCACUGGACCUCUUGACCAUCAUGGCCAUUGUCGUCACCCAAACACCGUGGGAAGCACCAGGGUGUUUUGUGUCUGGAGGACGGAGGGUGGAUACGCAGAGACGUUUUCUGGGCCGCCUUCGCUCGGCCACACUGCCCAUCACCCUGCGGUGUCUCCUGGAGAACAACCGGAUUGACAAGCGGAUCGUCCGGUUCAUCCUCCCGGUCGGAGCGACCAUCAACAUGGACGGGACGGCACUCUAUGAGGCGGUGGCCGCCAUCUUCAUCGCCCAGGUGAACGAGUACGACCUCGACCUGGGGCAGCUCAUCACCAUCAGCAUCACAGCCACGGCCGCCAGCAUCGGUGCCGCCGGGAUUCCCCAGUCGGGCCUUGUCACCAUGGUCAUCGUGCUCACCUCCGUCGGCCUCCCCACCGAAGACAUCACACUGAUCAUCGCCAUUGACUGGGCCCUGGACCGGUUACGCACCAUGACCAACGUCCUGGGCGACGCACUGGCCGCCGGGAUCAUAGCUCACAUCUUCCGGAAGGAGUUCGCUCCAAAGGAGCCCGCGAACGAGCAGCUGGUCUGGGCAGAGGCCGCCUCCUCCCAUCCUCCGGAGCCCGGGGUGCAAGAGAUGGAGGAGGCCCUGGCUGGACAGAACGGUCACUGCAUCUGCGAGGUCUGAAGGCCCCGGUCCCCACCACCGGUGACAUCCAGGGGGCUGUUGGGUCCCUAUGACCCUCCAGGA